AAUUUGAUAUUUGUCCAGAAAGUAUGAAUCUUGGAUUUCUGAGCUCAUAAGCUGUUAUUAACCAAAUCAUUGAAAUUACAGGUUUUCUAGAAGAAAUUUUCACCUGGGCUAUGGCUUCCAUACACAAUAACCAAAAAUUUAUACUUCUAAUAAUUUUUUCUCUACUUUUUCUGUCUUCUUCUCACACAGUACUUGCUAAGUCUCGUCGCCCAAUCUCUGAUGCAGAGAUCAGAGAGAAGAAACUCCAAUGUUAUGCAGACAUCGAGAGUGGGUUGUGGGGUCAGAAGUGCAUCGCUACAGCAGUAGAUAAGGAGAAUUGUGCUCUACAAUGCUUGUCACCAGUUUGUUAUGAGCGCGUUUAUCAAAGUGAUCCUUUGGAGGAAGGGGAAAAAGAUACUGUAAGGAGUCAAGAAUACAAGUACUGCAUGCACAAGUAUUCCCUUGGGCAGAGCUUGGAUGAUAUUAAAGGUUCCUUCGAGUGGUAAUUUGGCAAAUAUGCCAGCAUGGCUUGUGAAUUCCUGCGUCUUUUCCCAUUAACAACUUCCUGUUGUAUGUAUGAUGUUUGUCGUGUGGAUGCUCAUUGAUUCAUACUAAUCUGUAACGAAGUACUCCUUUCAGAGAGUAAAGCUUUUGUAUCCAUUUCUUUCCCUUUGGAUGUUUGGGAACAACUAUUUUUCUUUUAAAUUCCCUUUCUCUUCGUAACACUGUGAGGGUAAUGCUUGUACAAAUCUAUUUCAAUUCAACCAGUUAUCUCAUGUUAUUA